AUCAGGUGGCAACCCUUCUUUUUCACUAAAAACGUUUUGCGAUUCUUUCUCACGGCGGCUUUUCGUAGGUAAUUAUGCCAGAGCUAACUGAAAUUAAGAACGAGGCACCCUCGACCUCCGCGGAGGCGAAACUGUCGGAGGACGUCGAUGUGCGUGUCGAGGACGAUGGCAGCGAGAGCGAUUCGGAUAUGAUACCCGGAUUGGAGGAGGCAGAGACUGGCACCACUCAGUUGGGCGGCGGCGCCACCGGUCUGCCCAUCGAUGUGGUCUCGAAGGCGAAGCAGUCGCGCGGUGAGAAGAAGGCGCGCAAAAUCAUGCUCAAGCUGGGCCUGAAGCAGAUUCAGGGUGUCAAUCGUGUCACCAUUCGCAAGUCGAAGAACAUUCUGUUCGUCAUCAACAAUCCGGACGUGUACAAGAAUCCCCACAGCGACACAUACAUUGUCUUCGGUGAAGCCAAGAUCGAGGACCUGUCGCAGCAGGCUCAAGUUGCCGCCGCCGAGAAGUUCAAGGCUCCGGAGGCUGCUGGCGCUGCUGAUAGUGUGGGUGCUACUACAUCGGUGGCUCCCAUUGCAGAGGAGGAUGAGGAGGAGGUCGACGACACGGGCGUAGAUGAGAAGGACAUUGAGCUGGUCAUAACGCAGGCGAAUACGACGCGUGUGAAGGCCAUCAAGGCGCUGAAGAACAACAACAACGAUAUCGUUAACGCCAUCAUGGAGCUGACCAUGCUCUAAGGCGAUGCGCAGGGAACGUCGUUGCUUUCGUUGAACACCCGCCUUUCGAUAAACUACAAAUUAAAAACCGAUCCCAAGCCCCCUUCAAGCAUUAUGUGCAUGCGUCUCCCAGCUUGCUCAACAACUGUCGGGACAACAAUUUAACAGAACAACUUUAAAGUGACAAGAAUAAAGUGACAUGCUUUUCAAAAUUAA